UAUUGCUUAGGCCGACCGAUCCGUUGGUGGCCUCCGACUUACUAAGCAUCGCCGCGACCCAUCGUCGUACACGCCACGUACUCCAACAGUGGUUUUAUGGCGGACCUUCAUGCCGUCGGCGGCACAGGCCGUCAGAGGGGCACCGCGGGCCGCCGUAUGCGCCGCACCGCGAUCGCGCUCGCCGCGGCCGUCGUGUCGGUGGUCCUGUUGGCCGCGCGGGCCGACGGCACCACCUUGUACACCAACACGUUCUCGGUGAAGCUGCACACCGGCAACGACGCGCACGCCGACAUGGUGGCCAGGCGAACGGGUGGUGCGUUCCAGAACGUCGGCAAGGUGAGGGGCACGGCCGACGAAUUCCAGUUCGUGCACCACGGUUUGCCCAAGAUCCGGGGACGGCGUUCCCUGCCGGCCGUCCGAUUGCUUCGCAAAGAUCCGCUGGUGAAAUCCGUCAGCCAGCAGCCGGGCUUCAAGCGGGUAAAGCGCGGGUUCAAGAUGAUACCGCCGUUCAUAGGACCCAUGAUGCAGCCACCGCCGGUACCUCGGCCCGCGUUCGACGCUCAGUACUACGGCGACGACGACGUCAACGACCCGCUGCCCAACGACCCGCUGUUCCCGGAACAGUGGUACCUGCGCAACACCGGCCAGAACGGCGGCAAGCCCCGGCUGGACCUGAACGUCAGGGCCGCUUGGGCCCAGGGAGUGUCCGGCAAGAACGUGACCACGGCCAUAAUGGACGACGGUGUGGAUUACACGCAUUUGGACCUGAAAUACAACUACAACGCCAAGGCCAGCUACGAUUUCAGUUCCAACGACCCGUACCCGUAUCCCAGGUACACGGACGACUGGUUCAACAGUCACGGGACCCGAUGCGCCGGCGAGGUGGCCGCGGCCCGGGACAACGGCGUAUGCGGUACAGGAGUGGCGUACGAUUCCAAAAUAGCCGGCAUUCGCAUGCUGGACCAGCCUUACAUGACCGACCUGAUUGAGGCCAACAGCAUGGGACACGAACCGGAUCUGAUCGACAUCUACAGCGCUUCUUGGGGACCGACGGACGACGGCAAGACGGUGGACGGCCCGAGGAACGCGACUAUGCGGGCCAUUGUACGCGGUGUUAACGAGGGUCGACAAGGCAAGGGCAACAUCUACGUGUGGGCCAGCGGCGACGGGGGCGAGGCUGACGACUGCAACUGCGACGGAUACGCGGCAAGCAUGUGGACCGUGUCCAUCAACUCGGCCAUCAACGACGGUCAAAACGCACACUACGACGAGAGCUGUUCGUCCACGUUGGCCAGCACGUUCAGCAACGGAGCCAAAGACCCCAACACCGGCGUGGCCACUACGGAUUUGUACGGGAAAUGCACAAAAUCACAUUCGGGCACGUCGGCCGCGGCUCCCGAAGCCGCCGGAGUGUUUGCAUUAGCCUUGGAAGCCAACCCCCAACUGACGUGGAGGGACGUGCAGCAUCUGACGGUGUUGACGUCCAAGCGCAACUCACUGUUCGACCGGCACCGGUCUUGGUCGGCUGGCGGUGGACCUCAGCGACGGUUCCAGUGGACAAUGAACGGCGUUGGGCUCGAGUACAACCAUCUGUUUGGGUUCGGCGUGCUGGACGCCGGCGCAAUGGUUCGCAUGGCCAAGCAGUGGCGCACCGUGCCAGCCAGAUACCACUGUCAGGGUGGCUCGCACAACACGCACAGGCAAUUCACGUCGCGCAAAGACGGAUCGCUUACGCUAACGCUGAACACGGACGCUUGUCGAGGCACGGACACUCACGUCAAGUACUUGGAGCACGUGCAGGCCGUCAUCACGCUGAACGCCACUCGCCGUGGCGACGUCGAGCUGUUCUUGACGUCUCCUAUGGGCACUAAGUCGAUGAUACUGAGCAGGAGACCGAACGACGACGACCGCCGGGACGGGUUCACCAAGUGGCCGUUCAUGACCACUCACACUUGGGGCGAGUAUCCGGCGGGCGAAUGGACCUUGGAGGUUAAGUUCAACACACCGGAAGAGCAGCAGGAGGACACGGCGACCACCAUCACCGCCGCCACCGAACCCACUACUCCGGGUGAGGCCGCGCCGCCGCCGCAGCAACCGUUAAACGUGGGCUUUUUGAAGGAAUGGACGCUGAUGUUGCACGGUACCCGGGAACCGCCUUACGGACAGCUGCCCGUCCACGACCCCCAUUCCAAGUUGGCCAUCGUCAAGAAAGCGCACGCCAUGCCGUCGGCCGACUACGCCAAGCAGACGACCCCGAAGACUUUCCAAAUUUAAACUACACCCACCGCCCGCCCAACAUACUACUACCCCCUAAGAAUUAAAUAAAACAACAAAAGCCUUACUACUUACUACCCCCUAAGCCACACUCCCAUCAAUACUUAUCCCUCAAAAGUGCAAACACUACCCCAUAAUUCUCUCCUCUCAAACAGUCCACCUCCCUGUUAUAGUAACUCCCCCCCCCCUGGACUCUCUUGUCUUCUUAAAUCACGCUGUAUACCUAACCAUUACUUAAAUAACCCUUUUCCAAUGUUCCUUCUACAAAAGACAACCAACUAACCAGCCGUAUUUUGCCAUCGAUAACCUACCUGUAAUGCCUGUUCACAAGCCCCCCACCAAAAAACAAACAAAUGCUCUAUAUCAAAACAAUCCCAGUACAAAACUACUUUGUGGUACACAUUAUAGAGUCGUCGUACCACGAGUAUACUACGAGUUUAAAAAAAAAACAACAAAAAACUCACUAGAGGACCAAACAUAGUGUUUCAGAGCGACUACAAUAUUAUUAACUUCUGACCUACAUCAUAUUAUUCAUCUACUGUAAAAACCUUGAAAUGUUUAAUGAAACAGAUAGCCGUCGUUGUACUACAACAGUUUUAACUCAUUAUACUCACAAUGUCAGUGUUUACCAUUCAUAAACUUUUCGUUAUUAUUAUUAUUACUAUUAUUAGAUAGUACAGUACAUAUUACCGCAUAUUAUAAACGUUAAUAAUUAUCAUAUUAUAGACUACUUAUUAUUAUAUCAAAUUAUCAUUAUUAUUAUAUUAAAAUUAUUAUUAUAGAUACAAUAACGAUAGAACAAAAAUAUUAUUAUAUGAACGGCGUAGUCUUGUGUGACGGCAAUAUUACUAUUACCGGGCCCAAUACGAAUAUAUUAUACCAGAUUAAAACCAAUAGAAAAAAAAAGUGUCUUUGGAUUACUAUAUUAUAUUUUAUUAUAUACAAAUAUAUUAUAUCUCUACACAAAAAAAAAAUAUAUAUAUAUUAAAUAUAAAUACAUUAAAUAAAUAGAAUAUAUAUUAUUAUACAAAGUA